AUGGCAGCACCACAAGGGGGAUACCCUCCCCAAGAAGGGUACGAUCAACCCGCCUACGGUUCUCCCGCUCCACAGCCCGGAGCUCCCCAAGGCCAGGCUGGAGGUAGGAAGAAGCGAGCUUAUGCUGGCGAGGCUUUCGACUUCGGCUCUGGUGCCAAUGCUGCUCUGGGAGGUCAGCCACUGGCCGGUGGCAGCUACGGAGCCUACCCCGUCCAGCCCCAAGCUCAACCCGCGGCGUACCAGCAGCCUAUGUAUGGAGUCGACCCAACCCAGCAGAUGCAGGCACCGGUGUCUGGAUACGCUCCUCCAGCUGCCCCGGGUGCUGCGCAGAUGACCCAGCAAUUCGGCGCCAUGGGCAUGGCCGAUCCGCAGCAGAUGGCGCCGCAGGCUGCCCAAGUUCCGAGACCUGUCCCUCUUAACCAGCUCUACCCGACGGACCUCCUCACUCAACCUUUCAACGUUGCGGAAUUGGACUACCCCCCUCCUCCGAUCGUUCUGCCACCCGGUACUAGCGUUUAUCCGUCCCCCUAUGCCAAUUGCCCUUCCAAAUACGUCCGAUCCACCCUGAACGCCGUUCCCACGACGCAUUCUCUCCUGAAGAAGUCCAAAUUGCCCUUUGCUCUCGUCAUUCAACCAUAUGCGGCCCUGCACGAUGCGGAAGACCCCAUUCCAGUUAUUCCAGACCAAGUCAUCUCGCGAUGCAGACGGUGCCGAUCCUACAUCAAUCCUUUUGUGACCUUCCUCGACCAUGGCCACCGCUGGCGCUGUAACAUGUGCAACUUGACAAACGACGUACCCCAGGCCUUUGAUUGGGAUACUACUUUGCAGAAGCCGGCGGACAGAUCACUGCGCUCCGAUCUCAACCACUCCGUCGUUGAAUUUGUCGCUCCCCAGGAAUACAUGGUUCGCCCUCCUCAGCCACUCGUCUACCUCUUCUUGAUCGACGUCAGCUAUGCGUCCGUCACCAACGGCCUCUUGGCCACGAGCGCACGAUGCAUCAAGGAGAGUCUUGACAGAAUUCCGAAUGCAGACCGACGUACGCGCUUGGGCUUCAUCGCCGUUGACUCAAGCUUGCACUACUUCAGCAUUCCACGAGAUGGCUCGGAGAACUCGGACCCAAGAAUGCUUGUUGUUAGCGACCUCGAUGAACCUUUCCUUCCUAUCCCCGGCGAUCUUUUGGUAACUCUCAGUGAAUGCCGAGAAAAUGUUGAGUCUUUCCUCGACAAACUGCAAGAGAUGUUCCAGAACACCCAGAACAAUGCCUGCGCCAUGGGAUCUGCUCUGCGGGCUGGUUACAAGUUGAUUGCUCCCGUGGGUGGAAAGAUGACUGUUCUUAGCUCUUCUUUGCCUAAUGUCGGACAUGGUGCUCUGACUAUGAGAGAGGACAAGAAGGUUUUGGGUACAAGCAAAGAGAGCAGCCUUCUGCAGACCGGAAACAGCUUCUACAAGAGCUUUGCUGUGGAGUGCUCGAAGGCCCAGGUAUCCGUGGACAUGUUCUUGUUCUCAUCCCAGUACCAGGAUGUGGCCUCGUUGAGUAACCUGCCGAGAUAUACUGGUGGACAGACCUACUUCUACCCCGGAUGGAACGCCGCUCGGGGCGAGGACGCAAUCAAAUUCGCGCGUGAAUUCUCUGACUACUUGUCCUCAGAAAUUGGUCUGGAGGCUGUUCUCCGUGUCCGUGCCACAACUGGUCUGCGCAUGAGCACAUUCUACGGAAACUUCUUCAACCGUAGCUCCGACCUGUGUGCCUUCCCGGCUUUCCCUCGUGACCAAGCAUAUGUCGUUGAAGUUGCUAUUGACGAGACUGUCACAAAACCUGUUGUCUGCAUGCAGUCAGCCGUCCUCCACACCACUUGCAACGGCGAGAGAAGGAUCCGUGUUUUGACCUUGGCGCUUCCCACUACUCAAAACUUGGCUGAUGUGUAUGCAUCUGCGGAUCAGCAGGCUAUUGCUACCUACUUCAGUCACAAGGCCGUUGAGCGGGCUCUUGGAAGUGGUUUGGAACCUGCCCGUGAGGCGUUGCAGGCCAAGGCUGUGGAGCUGCUGUCAACAUACCGAAAGGAACUUGCAGGUGGAAGUGUGAGCGGUGGUGGUCUCCAGUUCCCUGCCAACUUGAGAGGAUUGCCUGUUCUCUUCCUGGCGAUGAUCAAGAACCUUGGUCUCCGCAAAUCCGCCCAAAUCCCGACCGACAUGCGCUCUGCAGCACUCUGCUUGUUGUCGACUCUCCCUCUUCCUCUUCUCAUGCAAUACAUUUACCCCAAGAUGUACUCGCUGCACGACAUGCCCGACACGGCGGGUCUGCCAGACGAACAGACAGGCGAGAUUAUUCUCCCUCCGGCCAUCAACCUGUCAUCCGAGCGAAUUGUUCCUUACGGCCUGUAUCUCAUUGAUGACGGACAGACUCAAUUCCUUUGGGUCGGACGGGAUGCCGUUCCACAGCUCCUCGUCGAUGUCUUCGGACUGCCCGAUAAGACGCAGCUCCGUGUGGGCAAGCAGAACCUUCCCGAGCUCGACAAUGAUUUCAACCAGCGGGUUAGAGCGGUGGUGGAGAAGAGCCGAGAUCACCGGGCUAAGGGUGCUGGCAGCAUUGUGGUGCCACACCUGUAUGUGGUCAAAGAAGACGGUGAGCCAGGUCUUCGGCUGUGGGCACAGACCAUGCUGGUGGAUGACCGGACCGACCAGAGCGCGAGUCUGGUGCAAUGGAUGGGAUCGCUGCGGGAAAAGGUUUGA